UCCUUUCUUCAUGACCCUUUGGCCAGGCAGCUUAGAUCAGGGCUGAGGGGCCAGCAUGGCCCCCAGAGUCACCUCUCUGCUGUGCCUGGGGCUGUGUCUGAGCCAGAAGAUCACAGCUCCAGAGGGGACACUGCUCAGACCCUCCAUCAGGGCUGUGCCCAGCUCUGUGGUCCCCAAGGGGGCAGAGGUAAAGCUCUAUUGCCAGGGCCCACAGGGAAGCAAGAGUGUUCAGCUUUGGAAGGAUGAAGCAUUCUCACUCCAGAUAAAUACCUCCAGAGAAGAGGCUGAGUUCCGUCUUCAACGAGAGAGAAUAAGUGCUGCAGGCAGCUACAGCUGCCGCUACUGGCAGGGACUCCACUGGUCAGAGUUCAGUGCCCCCCUGCAGCUGGUGGUGACAGGAUUCUUCUCUAGACCAUCAUUACAAGUACGACCAAGCACCAUGGUAGCUGUAGGGGAGACAGUGACCCUUGUGUGCCAGGAGUUAAUAAACAGUAGUUUUUCUAAAUUGGCAUUCUUUCUGCUGAAGGCUGGGAUGCCAGCCCCAUUACAGCACCAGAGUCCAGAGGGGAAGAUGGCCAGCUUCACUCUCCCAUCUGUGAAGGCUGAGGAUGCUGGAAACUACAGCUGUGUUUACUCAGACAAGGCCAAUAAGAGAGCAUCAGAUCCCAGUGAUGUCCUAAUGUUGGAGGUGACAGAUUACACCGCGGGCAACCUUAUCCGCCUCAGCCUGGCAGGGCUGGUCCUCCUCAUCCUGGGAGUCCUACUGGCAGAGGCCUGGCACAGCCAAAGAGGCUCCUGAAAGCAGCACCAGGAAUGCUCUGCCAGAAGGCAGGGGCUGGCCAGGCAGGAAAGCAGAGCCCGGGUCAAAGGACUCUGGGUAAUCCAGCCUCUGAGGAAACAAGCGUAUGAACUUGCAAAUGAAGGGAGAUCCACAUCAGUGCUCUGUUCUUCCAGAGGCCCCCACUGCCUCCUAGGCAUUUCUGGCGUGCUAACUUUGCGUGUUCCAUGGCUCUCCCCAGCCCAUUACGCUGGCUACCCAUGUUCUCACCUGUACCAGAAAAGCUUUCACAACACCUCCUAGUGAAUAAAGGGAAACUAUUUCUCAC